GAUAAACUAAGCUGAAGUAUCACCAUGCAAUCAGAGGUGACAGCCCAUCUUGAAUGCAUGCCUUCUCAAUAAGAACUGUCUCUAAAGAACUAACCAUUGCAAGUUGCAAAAACCAUUUAAUGACAUCAUCCUUGUUGUUGCAGAGCGGGCAUAGAAAAAAUAAAUGCUUCAAGCAAAAAUGAUAUAGAGAAAGACAUACCCAGCUUUUCCUAUCUCUCUCGUUUUUAUUUAUGGACAUCAAAAGUUGGUUACGUACAGUCUUACAAAACUACCAAGACCCUGAUCGAACAUUUCGAGAUGUGGAUGCAGUUCUUCAAACAUAUCUAUCUUUAAAGCCAAAGAUGGACACAUACACUUCCAAUGAUGGUCAUACGCAAUUGCUAUUAUGCUUGCAUGGAACUAUCCCAAUCACAUAUCGUUCAAUUCCUUACAAUAUCCCGGUGGCUUUCUGGAUUCCAAAGGAAUACCCUAAAAGCUCACCCAUUCCUUACGUUAAGCCUACGGCUAAUAUGCUAAUUAGAGAAGGGAGACACGUUGAUAUAAGUGGUAUGUGCUACCACCACUACCGAUCCAGCUGGCCAAAUGAUCAGAAUCAUACAUUUCUUGAACUUGUGGCUAUUCUACAACAAGUCUUUGCGCUUGAACCUCCAGUAUAUACCAAACCUACAAAUAUCACCACCAGUACGGGAUCACCACAAAUUCAAGAGUCUAUUUUGGACAGAGUUUCACCUCAACAGAGGCAGUCUAUGCCAUUAAACAGUCAGAGCCCGGCUCUGUCCCAAACAUCACCAGAAAUGCCAAGGUGGAUGGGGGAAAGUACGGCCUUGUAUAAUAUGAACCAGGGAUUAGCAGUAAGCAACCUUGCAUCUCGUUCAUUUUAUAGCAUAUUUGAACGAAUAUUUCUUUUUCUUUUAUAGUCUAUGAGUUUAAACAAUAGUAGCCCAUUGCCGAAAUCAUCAUCACUUCCAACCAUCGCGAAUUAUCCUUCAUUAACUCCUCCUUCGAGAUCUGGGACCGCCGAUAUUAGCUCUAACGGCAAUGUCAGUAAUUACAAUUUGCAGGAAACACUCUAUAGAAAGGUUGCAGACAGAUUACAGCAGCAUAAUUUAUCAGUGUCCGGCGAGAUGGAUAAAUUAUUACUUCAAAACCGAUUAUUAAAUGAGGGAGAAUUGAAUAUUGAAAACGAAUAUAGGGCCUUGAGUGACAUUAAGGAACGCUUG